CUGACCUAUAACUGUGUCACAACCACUCGGAGUGUUGACUGCAUCGAGACUCUUCGUGUCAAUUCUUCACUUCACAGGCAAUGGCUUCCAUUAAAAUUGAGUGUGUCGUGAAGGACAAGUAUGGAAUUGGAGAGAGCCCGGUGUGGGAAGAAAAGCAUGGUUCUCUUCUCUACGUGGACAUCACUGGACAAAAAGUGUGCAGGUGGAAUACAGCCACGAAACAAGUGAAAACAGUGCACCUUGAUGCUCCUAUUGGAUCAGUGGUCCCUCGGAAAUCGGGGGGAUAUGUUUUGGCAGUGGGAAAAAGAUUUGCCUUUCUGGAUUGGGAAAAGGAAACUGUUACUGAUAUCGCUACAGUUGACCAAGACAAAGCAAACAACAGAUUUAAUGAUGGAAAAGUGGAUCCAGCUGGACGAUUCUUUGCAGGGACUAUGCCACUGGAGAUCCGUCCAGCUGAAGUCGAAAGAGGCCAGGGAUCGCUGUACUCCCUGCAGACCGAUCAUUCUGUGGUCAAGCACUUUGACCAGGUGGACAUUUCCAACGGUUUAGACUGGUCACUGGAUCACAAGGUCUUCUAUUAUAUAGACAGCUUAUCUUUUAAAGUGGAUGCGUUUGACUAUGACCUGCAGUCAGGGAAGAUCUCAAACCGAAGACUUGUGUAUAAGCUUGAGCAAGAGGAAGCUAUUCCAGAUGGACAGUGCAUUGAUGCAGAGGGAAAACUUUGGGUUGCCUGCUACAAUGGUGGAAGAGUCAUCCGCAUUGACCCUGAAACAGGCAAGAGGAUCCAGACGGUGAAACUGCCUGCUGACAAGACAACAUCUUGCUGCUUUGGGGGGAAGGAUUACUCUGAACUAUAUGUAACAUCGGCUGUACACGGGAUGGAUGAAGAGUGGCAUCAGAGACAACCACAAGCAGGCGGCAUUUUUAAGAUUACUGGGCUUGGAGUGAAGGGAAUUCCACCGUAUUCAUACACAGGAUAAAACACCUCGACAGCCACUACAACCCAGCUGCUGAGUUAUGAUGCCCACUUUAUAAGCUUCUUUAAGAUACGACAACAGUAAGCUCUAUAAAAAUUGGAAAAUGGUGUAUUAUAGAUGCAGAGAUGAAAUGUUAGAUUCGCGAGCUGCCAUAUUUUUUUCAUUUUACCCAAAUUGUAAUCAAUGUUUAAUACUAAUUCUAAUAUUUCUUAAAUCUUGAUGAUAGCCAGCUCAGUAUAUGCUGCUAUGAAGCAAUAAAAAUGAUUUCUUCAAUUCUG